AUGCCUUCGAAUCAGCUGGCUUCUCCUCCUGCGGGAGACAAUCGCACCUUCUGGUUCCGCGAUGCUGUCGUCUAUCAGAUCUGGCCUGCUUCCUACAAGGAUAGCAACAAUGACGGAAUCGGCGAUAUCCAGGGCAUCAUCUCAACACUCAACUACGUCAAGUCGCUCGGAGUCGACACCAUCUGGCUCUCGCCAAUGUAUGACUCGCCUCAGAUCGACAUGGGCUACGACAUCUCGGAUUACCAGAAUGUCUACCCUCCCUAUGGAACGUUGCAGGAUAUGGACGAGCUGAUCCGCGAAUGUCACGCGCGCGGUAUCAAGCUCAUCCUAGAUCUCGUCAUCAACCACACCUCGGACCAGCAUGCUUGGUUCCAAGAGGCCAAGAAGAGCAAAGACAAUGCGAAGAGGGACUGGUAUAUUUGGCGCCCUGCCAAGUACGAUGCCAAGACAGGCGAGCGCAGGCCUCCAAACAAUUGGAGGGGAGCUCUUAAUCAGUCUGCGUGGACAUGGGACGAAGCGACGCAAGAGUACUACCUGCACCUUUUCACGCCGCAACAGCCAGAUCUGAACUGGACCAACGACGAAUGCCGUCGCACGCUCUACAGCGACACGAUCGAGUUCUGGCUCAAAAGAGGCAUCAACGGCUUCAGGGUUGACACGGUGAACCUGUAUAGCAAGCCCAUGGAUUUCCCCGAUGCACCCAUCACGGAUGUUAACGCCGAAUGGCAGAUCGGCGACACUGUGUUCUGCAACGGACCGCGGAUGCACGAGUAUCUGCAGGAGAUGGGCGCCAUCUUUGCCAAGUACGACGCCAUGACCGUGGGAGAGCUGCCCUCCACACCAAACAUCCAGGACGUGCUCCGCUACAUCUCGGCAGAGCGCAACGAGCUGAGUCAAGUGUUCCAGUUCGAUAUCUCGAUAUUGGGCAGAGAUGAGAACGACUUUUAUGCCACGCAUCCCUUCACGCUUCAAGAGCUCAAGGAGGUGGUCGAGAAGUGGCAACGAUAUACCGAGGGUACGGAUGCGUGGCCGACCGUUUUCUUGGAGAAUCACGACCUGCCAAGAGCGAUCAACAAGUAUGCAUCCGACAAGCAAGAGUUCAUCACAGCGAGCGGAAAGAUGCUCGCGCUCAUGGAAAGCGGUCUGACUGGAACGCUGUACAUCUACCAGGGACAAGAGAUCGGUAUGACCAACGUGCCAACUUCGUGGGGUCACGAGGAGUAUAAGGACGUCAUCGCGGUCAAUUACUAUCGAGAUGCAGAGACGCGCUCGGGAGGAGAUGCAACGGUACUCAAGAAGACACUGGACGACAUCAACAGGCAAGGCAGAGACAGUGCGCGUACCCCAGUGCAAUGGAAUUCAAAGCCCAAUGGUGGCUUUAGCACCGACCCGAACACGGUACCAUGGAUGAGGACAAACGAUAACUUUACGAGCAUCAACGUGGCUGCUCAGGAGAAGGAUGACCAGUCGGUACUUGCAUUCUACCGCAAAGUGCUUGCACUCCGGAAACAAUAUGCCUCGCUGCUAGCAAGGGGAGGAUUCAGGUUGCUAGACCGGGAGAAUCAGCAGUUGUUCAAGUACAUGAAGAUCGCCGAAGGCGGUAAAGACGACGAUGCUGGCGAGAGAGCCUUUGCGGUGCUCAAUUUCUCAGACCUUCCGCAAGAAUACACAGUGCCAGAGGAAGCCGGCGGCAGCAAAGCGACGAUGCUCGUCGAAACGUUGGAGAAGGACCCAUCAUCGAAUCGGCCAUGUGGCUUCACCUGUGCCCUUCUUGGUCUGGAAGACAAAGUCGAAGAACCUACCUUGAUCUUCUUUAACCACGACCACACUCCAUGGCCUGAUUGUCUGCACAACAUGGGGAACAGCGUCGAAGAUCACCGCAACGACAUCGUCGUGGACCAGCUUGCUGGCGUCCGACCGCCAAUGACCACCACGGCGUCGAUAGCCACGAGUGAGCUCGGCAAGGAAGCAUCUGAAAAGCUCUCUAAAGUCGGCUCGCAGACCACCAGCACCGAGUUGGGCUCAGCACACCCACCUAUCACCGAUGCCGCCCUUCAGCAAGUGCGUUUGCGCCGCGCGUUGGGCGAGCGCACCAUCCAGAUGAUCGCUCUGGCAGGUACCAUCGGCACUGGCCUCUUCCUCGGCUCUGGCAAAGCGCUUGCCACUUCAGGUCCUCUUUCGAUCCUCAUCUCGUACUCGCUCGUGGGUGUCAUCGUCUAUCUAACCCUUGUCGCCUUGGGAGAGAUGUCCGCCUUCGUGCCGACCUCUGGUGGCUUUGGUGUCUUUGCCUCCCGCUUCUGCAGUUCUCAUGGAGGUUUCAGCGUCAACAUCAACUACGUUUUGAACGACGCAAUCAGCGUAGCGUCCGACCUCACGGCCAGCCAGAUCCUACUAAGAUACUGGGUUUCAGAGCAUGUCUUCCCAGGAUGGGCUCUCUCGCUGAUCUUUCUCGCCUUCUUGGUGGCAGCCAAUGCCAUCUCUGUGAGGGGUUACGCCGAGCUCGAAUACGUCCUCUCUCUUCUCAAGAUCACCACCAUCGUCGUCUUUAUCAUCGUCGGCAUCGUUGUCAAUGCAGGCGUCAACGACACCAAAUCUUACCUCGGAUUUAAGUACUGGACCAUCGGCGAUGCGCCUUUCGUUGGUGGAUUCGGCGGCUGGGUGUCGUCCUUUGUCACCGCCUCUUUUGCCUUUGGAGGCACAGAGUCGCUCUGCAUCACCGCUGGAGAGACUCGCAAUCCGGCCAAAACCAUCCCAAAGACCAUCCGCAACGUCUUCUGGCGCAUCCUCCUAUUUUACAUCCUGGCUCUCUUCAUCAUUGGCAUCGACAUCCCUUACAACAUGCCAGGUCUCAAGUCCAAGAGCGCAGCCGUGUCUCCUUUCACCCUCGUCUUCCAGCAGGUAGGCUCCCACGGCGCUGCAAGCUUCAUGAACGCCGUCGUCAUGACCUCAGCCCUCUCAGCUGCCAACCAUGCAGCUUACGCAGGGACGCGUAUCCUUCACAGCAUGGCUGUCAACGGUCAGGCUCCCAAGAUCUUCGCCACCGUAUCCAAGACCACGCGCGUUCCUUGGGUUGCUCUGGCUUGCGUCAUGAGCGUUUCGGGUCUCUGUUUCGGCUCGAGCUACAUCGGCGCUGGAGACCUUUGGAAUUGGCUUCAGAACCUCGUUGGUGUCAGCAACCAGCUCUCCUGGGCCGCCAUUGGUGUCUCUUCCAUUCGCUUCCACAAAGCCGUCAUCAGACAGGGCAAAGAGUCCUCUCUCGUCUACAAGAACUGGACGCAACCCUGGGGGCCUUAUGUCGUUGUCAUCGGCUCGGUCCUCAUGAUCCUCGUCCAAGGCUGGACCGCUUUCAAGCCUUUCAAUGUUUCCGACUUUUUCUCGUACUACAUCGAACUCGCCUUCUUCGCACUUGCUUUUGUCGGGUGGAAGCUGUGGAAGGGGACAAAGUUGAUACCGAUUGAAGAGAUCGAUCUCUACACGGACACUGUUCAGUACGAGAGGGAUCUGAGGAGGAGACGGAGGGAUCUGAUCAGAGAGGGUGCAGGGGACAAGUUGCCCGUGCUGCUCGAGGACGAGGAAGAUCAGGAGCAGGAUAACGAAGAACAGGCAGAAGUGGAGCAGGAGCAAAAACACGAGAGUAAGAAGGAGAAGGUCAGAGCUGUGGCUAGCAGAGCGUCUCAGUAUCUUUGCUUCUAG